AUGACUGUCAACGUGUUUUCAGUCCCCGUCUUCCUUGUUGUCUUUCGCGAGUCCUUGGAGACUGGCAUCAUUGUGUCUGUCCUCCUUGCGUUCCUGAAGCAGACACUCGGUGGAACGGGUCAAGAUGUUCAGGUCUACAAGGCCAUGCGGAAACAGGUCUGGCUCGGGACAGGCAUCGGCCUCCUAAUCUGCCUCGUAGUUGCUGGUAUCAUCAUUGGCGUGUUCUAUGGCGUCGGCAAGGAUGCCUGGCAGGCUCACGAGUACUACUACGAAGGCGCGUUCGCUAUCUUCGCGUCGUUCAUCAUCACGCUGAUGGGAGUCGCGCUCCUUCGAGUCGGCAAGCUGCAAGACAAAUGGCGCGUCAAGCUGGCAAAGGCGAUGGAAGCUCCGUCCAAGACCUCUACGUCUGCAGGUCAAUCCCGCUGGAAGAGAAACAAGGAGAAAUAUGUCAUGUUUGUGCUGCCUUUCAUCACGGUUCUUCGUGAGGGCAUUGAGGCCAUCGUCUUCCUUGCUGGCGUCACUUUUGCUGCACCUGCUACUUCUGUUCCUCUCCCGGUCAUCAUCGGGCUGCUUGUUGGAAUUUUCACGAGCUACCUUCUCUACAAGAGCGGUUCUACUUCGAAACUUCAAAUCUUCCUCGUUGCCUCUACUUGUCUUUUGUACAUCGUCGCAGCCGGUCUGUUCUCUCGUGCUGUUUGGUUCUUCGAGGCUCAGAAAUGGAACGAUGCCGUUGGUGGAGACGCAGCAGAAGUCGGAAACGGCGCAGGAUCCUACGAUAUUGACAAGAGUGUUUGGCAUGUGAACCUGAACGGCGGUGGAGGUUGGGGUCUUCUGAACGCCAUCUUCGGCUGGAACAACUCUGCAACGUAUGGAUCGGUUAUCUCAUACAAUGUCUACUGGAUUGCGGUCAUGUUGUGGCUGGUUGUUCUCCGUUUCGAGGAGACAAAGGGACACUGGCCUUUCAUGAAGCCGAAGGCCCCCAGAUCUACUACGACCGAAUCGCCGAGCAGCACCGACGUGCCAGUCGAAGAGUCCAAGACCACCGCUGCCACCACCACGAAUGCUCUUUGA